AUGUCCAAGGGUGUAUUUCGACCGGGCAGGGCAAGGUCCCUGGUCCUGGCGAUGCUCGCCUUGAUACUCGUGUGCACCGUCUACUUUUACUGGUCUCCGACGACCGCGUCCUCCACCGUUUCUGUGGUGCCAAACACCGCAUUCGAAGUCCCCCUCACCGAACGCCAGAAGGAUUUCUGGAAAGCGCUGCGCCCGAUCAUCGAACGUCAUAACCCGAACUGCCCGGCGCCGGAGAAGCGAGGGGACGUGGCAGCACAACACUUUGACCCCGCGAAAGAACAGCCGCGACCUGAUCUGUCGGUGCUAAGCGAGGAAGAUGCACGCAAGAUGGAAGAGGCCCACGCGGCCUUCAUCGAGGAUGUCAAGAACUCCGGCAAAGUGCUGAAGCCCAUCCAUACCCCCGGGAAGCGAGGACUGGUGUCGACUGCUGGUUCGACAUACCUCCCGGUCUUUGUGUCCUCGCUACGAAUGCUUCGUCGCGCCGGGUCAACACUGCCUGUUGAGAUAUACAUGAAGGACGCCACAGAGCAUGAGAAACGCGUGUGCGAGGAUGUGCUUCCCCAACUGGAUGCCCGGUGCCUGGUGCUCGCGGAUGUGGUGGGUAAGAACGUCAUUGAACACUACCAGCUGAAGAUUUUUGCGGUGCUGUUCUCGUCCUUUGAGGAGAUUGUCUGGAUGGACGCGGAUUGUUUCCCACUGGGUAAACCCGAGGAGCUGCUUGACUCGGAGCCCUUCAAGUCUAACGGGUUAGUCACCUGGCCUGACUUCUGGGCUUCCUCGGCGUCCCCUCUGUAUUUCAGGAUCUCGCGUCAAGAACCGCCGGCCAUGACGGCCCGGCAGUCGUCCGAGACCGGCGCAUUCUUGGUAAACAAGAAAACGCAUUUACUGGCUCUUCUGCUGGCUUCCUAUUAUAAUUUCUACGGCCCGUCGCACUAUUUCCGCCUGUUGACCCAAGGGGGUCCUGGCGAGGGCGACAAGGAAACGUUCUUACAGGCUGCCUCUGCGGUCGGUGCACCCUUCUACACUGUUAGCGAAAGGGUGCAAGCUAUCGGACAUUCUAGCCCAGGCGGACUGUCCGGGUCCGCAAUGGCACAAUCAGACCCGCGGGAGGACUUCGCUUUGACGAAGGAAGGAAAAUGGCGCGUGGAAGACGAAUCCGCUGCACCCGCACCGCAUAUCUUCUUCAUCCAUGCCAAUUAUCCCAAGUUCAAUCCUGGUGACCGAAUCUUCGGUCUUGGUUGGGAAACAACCCCUACUCUGAAGGAUGAUGGCUCAGACGGACGUGCCUGGACGGCACCUCCCGAUACUAUCAGGAGAUUCGGCUACGACGUCGAAAAGGCGUACUGGGAAGAAAUCAAAUGGGUCAGCUGUAAUCUCGAAACAGCAUUCAAGACCUGGGAAAACAAAGUGGGAUUGUGUGACAGAGUCCAAGAGUACUGGGGUCAUGUUUUUGCUACGCCGCACGACGAUGAUCCUAAGUUUACUCUUGAUGGUUGA